CAGCAGCGGACAAGAACUGUAGAUCCAGGAGAGAUGCUUAAGUCUUUUUCACCCCUCAGUUACGAGCAACAUGAGGAAGCCGUAGUAGAAAGCGAUGAGGAUUUCGGGCAGAUCGAUGCGGGUCAAACGGACUUCCAGAGUCUCCCAGACAGAGUCAAACAUGAAAAGUUCAUUCGCGACGCCCUAGAGAUCAUCCUAAGAGAGGCCGUGUUCGAGGGCACCUCACGGAAGAGUCACGUGGUGGAGUGGGUCGAGCCCAAAGCGCUCCCAUCCAUCAUCGACUUCCCGGCUCGCAGCUCCGGCGAGUGCCACGAGGACCUGCUGCGGCACGUGGCCGCGGUCAUACGCUACAGCGUCAAGACCGGACAUCCGCACUUCGUCAACCAGCUGUACUCGAGCGUCGAUCCCUACGGUCUCGUCGGCCAGUGGCUCACCGACGCCCUCAAUCCCUCGGUCUACACCUACGAGGUUUCGCCAGUAUUCUCCCUCAUGGAGGAGGCCGUGCUGCGGGAUAUGCGUCUGAUUCUAGGCUGGCAGGACGGCGACGGGGACGGGAUCUUUUGUCCGGGCGGCUCAAUGGCCAACGGCUACGCUAUCAAUUUGGCACGACAUCGGAUGUUUCCCGCCAUCAAGGAGAAGGGCCUGGCUUCCGUGCCGAAGCUCGUCAUCUUCACCUCCGAGGACGCCCAUUACUCCGUGAAGAAGCUCGCGGCCUUCCUCGGCAUAGGCAGCGAGAAUGUACGAGCCGUGGAAGUGGACGAGCGCGGGAAGAUGCGGGUGGAGGAGCUGGAACGCGCCCUGUCCGAGGUGGAGGCGGAGGGCGCGUUUCCUCUGAUGGUGUCUGCGACCGCGGGCACGACCGUUCUCGGCGCCUUCGACCCAGUGCGCGAACUCGCAGCUCUCUGCCGCCGUCGCGGCAUAUGGCUUCACGUGGACGCGGCCUGGGGUGGUGGCGCCCUUCUGUCUCGGAAGCAGCGGCCGCUUCUCGACGGCGUCGAGCUCGCCGACAGCGUCACCUGGAAUCCUCACAAGCUACUCGCCGCGCCGCAGCAAUGCUCGACUCUGCUCACGAGACACAAAGGGCUGCUGCAGUCGGCACACGGCUCGCAGGCGACAUACCUCUUCCAGAAGGACAAAUUUUACGACACGAGCUACGACUCCGGGGACAAGCACGUGCAGUGCGGCAGACGAGCGGACGUCUUGAAGUUCUGGCUGAUGUGGAAGGCCAAGGGCACCGAAGGUCUCGAGAGGCACGUGGACAAACUCUUCGAACUGUCGAAGUACUUCGUCGGCCUCAUCAGACACAGGCUCGGGUGGAAGCUCCUCCUCGAGCCCGAAUGCACCAACGUCUGCUUCAGGUACGUGCCACCUUCGAAAAGACAUCUCAAUGAUGAAGAGCUGUCGAAAGCACUGCACAACAUGGCACCAAUCAUCAAAAGUCGAAUGGUAAAGAAGGGCUCGAUGCUCAUCACUUACCAGCCACUUCGAGGACAGCCCAACUUCUUCCGGCUGGUGCUACAAAACUCGGGACUUACCGAGGCCGAUAUGCAUUUCUUUGUCGAGGAAAUUGAGCGGCUAUCCGACGAUUUAUGAUGUGGACUUGAAAAAA